AUGGAAGGAAAUUAUUACCAACAACUAAUUGGGAAUCUUGUUAGAAAAGUAUUCAAUUAUAUUGUUAUUCAUAAUAUCCAUGAAAAUCAAAUAUGGAUUUUAUUAAUUGAAAUGUUAAAUAUGGUAGAACACAAUAAUAUACUUAAUUAUUCAUUUAAAAUGAUUUCAUAUGAAAAAGAACAAGGAAGAGAAAUAUUAAAUUUCAUAAAAAAAGAAAUAAUAAAAAUGAAUAUUAAAGAAGAAAUUGUUAUUUCAUUUAUUUAUUGUUGUUUAAAUAAAAUUAAAGGUACAAAUAAAGAAUAUUAUGAACUUAUUCAAAAAUAUAAUAUACCAAGAAAUAGUAAUGAAGGAUUACUUUGUAUUCAUUAUAAUCUUCUUGAAAUAAUAGAAUGUAUUAAAAGAAAGAAAAAAGAAGAAGAAACAAUAAUAUAUAUUGAAAAAAAUAAAGAAAUUUUAAAUAAAUUUCCAAAAGAUACAAUAAAUCCAAUAAAUAUAUGGAAAGUUUAUAAUUUUAAUUUUGAAUUAAUAGGAAUUCAAACAUUACUUAAUGAAAUGAGUAUAUAUUUAAAAGAAGAACAAAUAGAAAAUAAUAAUAAUAAUAAAAAAGUUAUUGAAAAAAUUAUUGAAAUGAUAGGAUUAAUAUGUAAUAUAAAUGAAGAAUAUCUUAUUAUGUUUAAUAACAUUAAAAGAAUAGAAAUACCAAAAGAAAUAUAUUUUAAUGCAGAAAUAAUAGAAAAAUUUGAAAUACCAAAAUAUCUUGGAAAAAUAAUAUUAAGAAUAACAGGAAUUGCAAUAUAUCAAAGAAUAUCACUUCUUGAAAUAACAAGAAUAUAUAGAUGUUAUUCAGGAAUACUUAAUAUUAAAGAAAGCGAAAUAAUUAAUAUAUUUUAUACAAAUGGAUAUAAAUUAUAUCAAGAAAAAAAAUAUUUAGAAGCAAUUAUUGUUAUUAAUACAUUAUUUUCAAUUAAGAAAACAAUAUUUAAAGAAAAAGAAGAUAAAAGAAUUGAAGAAGCAGAAAAAAUAAGAAUGUUAUCAAGAAAAGCAAUUGGAAAAGAAGAAGAAGGAAUUAAUGAAUUAAUAGAAAAAAUUAAGAAAAUAGAAGAUAAAAAAAUAAUAGAAAAAUGGAAAAUAAUUAAAAGAAUAGAUGAUAUAAUAAAUAAAACAAAAGAAAUAGAAUAUUGUAUAGAAGAAAUUUUAGGAAGUUUAGAAAGAAAAGGAAAUAAAAUAGAAAAAGAAAUUAUUAUAGAAAUAAUAGAUAUUGGAAUUACAUUUGAACCAAGAAUAAUAAAUAAUAUAACAGAAAAUAAAAGAAAAAUAAUAAAAAGAAUAAGUCAAGAAAUGGAAAAAUAUUAUAAAGAAAAACAUAUAAUACCAUUUGAAGUAAUUAGAUUUAAAAUUUAUGAAAUAAUUGUUGAAAAAGAUAAUAAUAUAAAUAAAAAAGAAAAAAUAGAAAAUAUUAUUGAAGAAAUUAAAAAAAAAGAAGAAGAAAAAAUUUAUAAUAAAACAAAAGGAAUUGAUAUUCUUAUUACAUUAGCAAAAUGUUAUUAUUUUAAAUAUAUUAUAAAUCUUUAUAAUAUAGAAAGAAAAAAUAAUGAUGAAAAUAUUAUUGAAAUAAUGAAAACAUUAAAAUAUUUAAAUACAAUUAAUCAAAAAUAUAAUAAUGAAGAAAUUAAUAAACAUAAAAUGGAAAUUAUACCACUUUUAAUUAUUAUAACAACAUUAUUUGAAAUGUAUGGAGAUCAAACAAAUCAAAUUAAAUGUAUUGAAAAUAUUAAAGAAAUAAUAACAAAAAUUUCAAUAACAAAUGAAGAAAGAAUUAGUUGUUAUUUAAAAAUUAUAGAAAGUUAUAUUUCAAUGGGAUAUAUAAAAAAUGCAGAAAUAAUAAAUGAAAGAAUUGAAAAAAUUUAUAAAGGAAUAAAUAUAGAAGGAGAAAUAAUAAUAAAUUAUAUUAUGUAUUUAAUUAUGAAAAUUAAAAUUGAAAUAGAAAAAAUUAAUCAAGAAGAUAGAAAUAUUAAUAAUUUAAUUAAUCAAAUAAAUAUAUUAAUUAAAGAAGAAAAUUUUAAGAAAAAAAAUACAGAAUGGGAAAGAAUUAUAAUAAAAACAAAAUUAAAAGAUGUUAUUAGUUUAUAUUAUUGUAAAAUAGGAGAUUAUAAUAAAGGAAUUGAAUAUAGAAAAAAAACACUUUGUUUAAUGAAAAAAAUAAGUGAAAUAAAAAAUAAAGAAAUUAAAACAAAAAAAGGAAUUUUUUUUUAUACAAUAUAUUCUUUUAUUGGAAAUAUAAUUGAAUCAUAUUUAAAAUAUGGAUGGAUAUUUGAAAUAAAAAAUAAAUAUAAAGAAGCGUUGAUGUCUUAUCAAGAAGCAGAAAAAAUAGGAAUAGAAACUGGAAGUUUAUUAAGACUUAUUGAAAUAAAAACUCAAAAAGGAGAAUUAGAAAUGAAAAAAAGAAAUUAUGAAGAAGCAAAAAAAGAAUUUAAAGAAAUAAAUAAUAUUUCAUGUAAAAUUAAAAAAUAUGUUUCUGUUAAAAGAAAUAUGAUAAUGACAUUCAUGGAAUUAGGUGAUUUAUAUAGAAAAACAAACCACUAUAAUACAUCAAUGGAAUAUUAUCAAAUUGCAAAAGAAAUAAUAGAAGAAUUACUUCAAGAAAAUAUUAUUGAAACAUUUCCAUUAAUAUUAAGAGAUUCAACUACAAGAGAAUCUUUAAUUAGAGAAUCUUUAAAAGGAAAAAUUGAAAGAACAAUAAUAGAAGAAGAAGAAAAAGAAAAAGAAGAAAAUAUAAAUAAAGAACCAAAAAAUAUAUCAGAAGUAUAUCAAGAAAUAAAAAAUCGAAUUUUAUAUAAAAUAAUUAAAUUAAAUAAUAUUAAAACAAAAAAUAAUAUAAAAAGUAUUCAAGAAUAUAAAGAAUUAUUAAAAUCACCAUUUAAUUCACCAAUAACAAAAGCAUGUAUUUUAAAUCAAAUUGGUAUUAAUCAAAUAGAAAAUAAAGAAAUAAAAGAAGGAAAUGAAACAUUUAAAAAAGCACUUUUAAUAGCUGAAAAAUAUUGUGAAGUAAAACUUAUUCAUUGUAUUAUACAUAAUAUUCUUAGAUGUAAUAAUUUAAAUAAUAAAAAAUGUUAUUAUCAUAUAAUGUCUAUUGGAAUAACAUAUAGAGAAAUAGAAAAUAUAAAAUAUAAUAAAAUAAGAAUAGAAGAAAAAAUAACAAUUAAAGAAAUUGAUAAAAAUUUACCAAAAGAAUGGACAAUUAUUUGUCUUUCAAUAGAUGAAAUUGAAAAAUCAAUUGUUAUUAGUAAUAUAAAUAAAGAAUAUAAUGGAAUUAAUGUCAGAAGAAAAUUAAAAAAAGGAAAAGAAAAUGAAAUUGAAAAAGAAAUUGAAAGAAUAAAAAUAAUUAAAAAAGAAAUUGAAAUAAUUUUUAGUGAAAUAAAUGGAAAAGAAAUAACAGAAAAUGAUAAAAGAAAACAUUGGAGAAAAGUUUUUGAUAUUGAUAAUAGAAUUAAAGAUAUUUGUUAUUCAUUAGAAAAUAAAGUAUUAGGAUGGUUAAAAAUUAUUUUUUAUCCAAGAAAUUAUUUUAGAACAAAAUAUAAUGAUAAUCUUUUAUAUUCAAUAAUUAAAAAUAUAAUAAAUAAAGAAAUUAUAGAAAUUGAUAUUUUAUAUUUACUUAUUAUUCAUUUUAAUAAAUUAACAAAUGAAGAAAUUAAUGAAUGUCUUAAUUAUAUAUUAGGAAUUGAAAUUAAUCCAUUAAUAAUAGAAAUUUUAAUUAAUCAAUUUAAAAAUAUUAAAUUACAAGAAAAAUUAGAAAUUCAAAAUAAAAGUAUUUUAUUAAUUCUUGAUAAACAACUACAUUGUCUUCCUUGGGAAUCAAUGCCUAAUUUUGAUAAUAUAAUGAUUACAAGAUUACCUUCAAUUGAACCUUUUUUAAUUCAAAAAUUAAAUAAUAUUAAUAAUACAAUUCCUGGAAUUUUAUUUAAUGGAAAAAGAGGUUAUUAUAUUAUUAAUCCAACUCAUGAUUUAAUUAAAACACAAAAUAAAUUAUUACCAUUAAUUAAUAAAUUAAAUUGGAAUGGAAUUUAUAAUCAAAUCCCAAAUGAAGAUCUUAUUUUAAAAGCUUUAUAUGAAAAUGAUAUAAUUUUAUAUUGUGGUCAUGGAAGUGGAGAACAAUUUAUUCAUGGUAAAAAAAUUAAAUCUUUAAAUAAAUGUGGAAUUGCAUUUCUAAUGGGUUGUAAUUCGGUUGAACUUAACCAACAAGGUGAUUUUGAACCAUCUGGUUUACCAAUUGAUUAUCUUCAAGCCGGUUCUCCUCUUGUAUGUGGAAAUUUAUGGAGUGUUCCUGAUAAUGAUUUAGAUAAUAUUACAAUAGAAUUAUUAAAUUGGUUAAAUUCAAAUUCUUCAAAUAAUCAAUAUUUAAUUAAUAUCCUUAAUAAUGCUAAAAAAAAGUGUAUUUGUAGAUAUUUUAUGGGUGCUUCAUUAGUAUGUUAUGGUAUUCCUGUAUUAAAGAAAAAUAUUAAUGAAUCAAUUAUUAUUAAAGAUAAUUAUUAG